AAUGAGAGCACACAAAAGAAAAUGUUGAUGAUUUUCCACACAUUUUUGGGCUUUACGAGCUAUCGCAGACAUUUUUCAAAUCAGUUUUUCUCCGAGCGUGCUAAAGUUUGCAACGAUCAAUUGUAGGAUCCGUGUCGUUUUUUAACGUGCCCAAUACCUGCAGUGCGAGUGAAAGAGAUAAAUAUAGUAUUGAAAAUAAAUUUAUUAAGAAAUCGUAUUGUAAAAAAGUAUUUCUGUUAUAUUUCUUUUUGAAGUAUAAAAUAUAUACGUACAUACAUAUAUAAUAUAUAUAUAUUUUUUAUUAUAAAUAUUUAAUAAUAGUAGAGUUUAAAAAUAUUCACCAAAAACACCGUUUUACAAUGAUUUAAAGUUAUUUCCGGUGUCCAUAUAAAAUAUAAAGAUAAUAAAAUUAAGAACCGAAAAUUAAUUGUAUUGAUAGUGUUGCAAUUUGAAAGAAUGUGUUCUAUUUUUAUAACACAGCUAAAAUUUUCAACGAACAGAACAUUUUUAGUGAUAAUUCCAAAAUAAAUUUCUGUAUAUAUUGAGAAAAAGUGAAGAAAUAUUUUCAUUCGAAACCAUAGAAUAUAAAACGAAUUGAAGUGAAAAGAAAAAAAUAUUUAUACGUUUAUUUAAAAAGAUGUAAAAAUAAAAUCCAAUUUUGCACCAGGCUAGACAACAAACGUAAAAAGUGAUUUGAAUUUAUUUGAGCUGAUUUAAACGAAGAUUGAUUGAAAUUGUAAGUGUAUUUAUUGCUGCACUGAUUGCGGGACACCAGAAAAAAGAAACAUUAUUAAGUACACUGAAAGAAAGUGUUACGCAAUUUUCUGUGUAUAUUUUUAUUGUAAAAGCGAACAAAAAGAUCAACAACUACAACAGCAACAAAGAUAACAUCAAGGAAAAUAGCCGCAACCACUAGCACAAGUUUUUAGCGACCAACAACAAUAAGAACAAAAACAAGAACAACCGUUUUAAAAUCAGCCAUUUUAGCUUUUCUUUUGUUUAAGUUUUUUUCAAAACAACCAGGGAGGGCACUUGUACUUUGUCGUGGUUGUUGGCGAUAGUGUUAGUAGUGGUACUACAUUCACAAAGAACUUCCUACAGUUAGCCGCAUCAUCAUCAACAUCGUCGCAUCAUUCAACGCCAUAAUCGAGCGCAAUUGCAUUUCCCCCAUUUAAGCAAAUAUUUUCAAUAUUCAGCCCAACGAAGUGUAUUCUCUUAAAUGCAUCAUUUAUAUCCAUCGCUGAAAGGUGAUCAGUUAUGUCCAUUGGGGUUUCAUCCACAGACCCGUUAUCCAACAAGAUGUAAACGUUGUUUUCGUGAUUACAAGGAGCAUGGAGGCAGACGUGGAGUCGAUGAUGUUGCAGCAUCAUCGCCAAACCUUUCAGAUGGUUUUAACUCAAGACCAUCAUCGCGUACAUGGACCUCAACACAAAAUCUUUCUUCUUUAAAUGGCAGCAGUAAUGAUAUUGUUGUACACUUCAAUGUAGAGUUAAAGAAGCGCCCGCAGUCAUGGGCUUCUACGCCCGAUAUAGACGAAGUCGAUGACAAUGCCAGAGGCAGUUCACGUUCAGGCGGCAAAUCAACAGAUGACAACAGUGUAGAUGUCACUCUAAAGUUGCCAGUUCCACCGAGACGACAUACAACAACGUUAGACAUAAAAGAGGUUGAAAAUUCUUUGUCGCUGAAUUCUUCAGCAUCGUCGUCUUCGAAAAAUAUUCCAGAUGACUUGGUCAUUCUCUCUACAGACAGUUUGGCUGAACGGGUGAGAAAAAUGAAUUUGUUGAAAAAACAACGUAGUCAAAAUUCCAGAGAAUCAAGUCGUGAACGAUCUGUGCCUAGAAAACAGGAACAGGAAAAUAAUGAUGGAGAUGCUAAGCCUCCACCAGAUCGACCUGAACGUACAAAAUCAAUAUCAACAGCAAAUUCUUCAAGUAGUACUACAGAUGCCACAAAACAUCUAUCAUUGCCACCAAAGAAAACUUCAAGUUCAAACACGUCUAGUUCCUCAUCAAACCAUACUCGCCCAACUUCCGCGCCUGUUAAUGAAACCCAUUCAGCAUUACCACCUACUCCACCCAAAACAAUACCAACGAAAUUGAAAACAACUUCCUCUACAUCUAAUACAACGACAUCGGCAGCAACCUCAUCCUCAGCCGCACGAAAGAAAGAAAACGAACGACAGAAAGCUGCUCAGGCGGCUCAAGAUGUACAAUUUAUGCUGAAUAUUAAAGAAAAUAGUUUCAAUAACAAGAAACAGAAUUUGGAUAACAUGUCUUUAACAACUGAAACGCCCUAUGCCGGGCAACAGAUGGACCGUGAACAUUUGGAAGAAAUGGCUACUUUACGUAAAGAACUUGAAGCGAUGAAAGCUCGUGCAGAGAAGGCGGAACGUGAAAAAAGUGAUAUACUAUUAAGACGUUUGGCUUCCAUGGAAACUGCUCCAAAUCGAACGGCUGCCUCUGAAGCUAUUAUGCUGCAACAGAAAGUCAACGAACUUAAGGAACAACUCGAAAAGAUAACUGAAGAAAAACGAAAACUCAACAGUCGAAUGAAGGAGCUUGAGAAUAACCCCAAAAGUGCUGAGCAUGAGCUGCGACGUAAAUUACAGGCUGCUGAACAAAUCUGUGAGGAAUUGAUGGAGGAAAACCAGGAAGCGAAAAAGGAAAUUUUAAACCUACAAGCUGAAAUGGAUGAACUCCAAGAUACCUUCCGAGAUGAUGAGAUGAAAGCUAAGACAAACUUGCAAAAGGAUCUUGAAAAGACCACAAAGAAUUGUCGAAUUUUAAGUUUUAAAUUAAAAAAAUGCGAACGGAAAAUAGAGACAUUGGAACAAGAACGUCAGAAUAAUGGUAACCUGGAACUUAAUGCUAGAAUUAAACAAUUGGAGGAUGAGUUGAGAUUUUCACAGGAAUUAACUAAAAAAUUACAGGCUGAAGCUGAAGAUUUGCGCAAUCCUGGAAAGAAGAAGGCUCCUAUGUUAGGAGUAUUGGGUAAAUCUACCUCUGCCGAUGCCAGAUUUACGAGAGAAUCUCUCACUCGUGGUGGUUCACAAGAAGAUCCUCAACAAUUGCUAAGAGAUUUACAGGAUUCAGUUGAAAGAGAAUCAGAUCUUAAAGAUCAACUUAAGUUUGCCGAAGAAGAAAUAAAUAAACUUAAAAUACAUGUAACUAAGUCCUUUAUAAAUAAAGGUAUCCAAACUCAGGAUAAUUAUGAAAUUUUAAAAUUUCCAAGAUCCACUCAGACAGACUAUGAAGAAGAAUUGCCUUCAGUUGAUGUUGAGAACAAUGUCGAAGAAUCCGAUGUAUUUUCGAACACUAGUCUUAAGAGAGAAAAUAUUGAAAUGAACGAGAAAUGUGUGCAAACAGAAUGCUUCAUUAAGUUGAUUGAGUCUUGUGAUGAAAGUACCCAAACAUUGGAUAGUAUCAAAUUGGAAAGUUCGCCUAAGAAUAAUGAGGAUACCAUUAAUAUGCCUGAUAUUUUUUUGCGCUGUCAUAAACGAGAGAAUUCACCAUUUGCUGCUAUUUUACCAUCUGUGUCCAGCAGAUCUUCUUCAUCUUCAUUUCUAUUUCCAAGUCUAAUAUCGAAUGCCCUUAAAUCUGGUGCUGGGGCAGCACGUAAACUCAGUCCAACGCCUCAUCGUUUGGCUCCAGAGGUACAAGCUGAACGUGAUGAGGGUAUAUCCGAUGAAGAUGAUCCGGCUGAGUUGCGCAUUCUUUUGGAACUUAAUGAACAAGAGGCUUCCAUACUCCGCCAUAAGGUUGAAGAAUUGGAAAAACAAAACUCCGAGUCGAAAAAACAAGUUCGCGAACUGCAGGAUAAACUAACAACAUCGGCGGAUAAACGAAAUACAUUGGGAUCUUGGGGUAAUAAUGCUUCGGAGAAAAGACUGAAAGCCUUAAAUGAUGAAUUGGAACAGCUAAGAAAGAACAUCUCCGAAAAGGAUAAACAUAUUGAAAGGUUACAAGCUGCGGCUUCUGCUCAAACUGGAGCCAAUGCUAAACGUCAGUUGGAAAUGGUUGAACAAGAAGCCACAGCUUUACGUUCCAAAGUUGCUGCCCUAGAAGCAGAAAACGAACGUGUACAAAAGGAAGUUAAGCGUUUGCAAUUACAAGCUCUGCGUAAACAAUCUUCUACUGAGAAGAAUGGAAAUACUGCUGAGCUUGCAAAACUUAAAGAAAACCUUGCCAGUGUAGAGGAAGAAAGAAAUAAUCUCCAAGACAAACUAAAACGUAUUUUCCAAGAAGCUGAAGAAAAACUGCCACCGAGAACAACUGUACGUAUAACCGAUUUAACGCCGAAAAAUCAAUUAAAGAAAUGGGUAGAAGAAUUGGAUGAUGAAAUAAGUGAAAUGAGGGCAAUUGUUGCAAAUACUGGAGCACAUACUAUUAAAAGUUUGGAAAGCGAGAAGAAAUCCUUGGAAGAAGAACUGAGAGAAUAUAAAAAUAAACUUACUCAGGCAGAGACAGAUUUGCAAAAACUUAAGUCGACAAACACUCCCAAAGUACAAGAUCUGGAAAAGCAGCUUAAAAAGACCGAGGAAGAAUCGAAACAAUUAAAUUCCAAGAUCAAGGAACUGGAAGACAAAAUUAAGAAACAAGAUAAUUUGAUAAAGAAAACAGAAACCAACAAAUCAUCGCUGGAACAGCAAAUGAAAACUGAAAAGGAAAAACUUUCUAAAUUGGAAAAGGAUUACGAAAAAGAACGGAAGGAACGCGAAAAACUAGAAGGCAAACUAACACAAAAGGAAAGCGAACUUACCCAAGCACGCAAGACAGCCGACAAAACUAAAACCAGUUUAGAAAACGAAAUCAAGGAGCUUAAAACAAAAUCAUCAAAAUCGGAUACAAAACAGGUGCAAGAACUCAAAAAACAACUAGAGGAAUUGCAUGAAACCCUAGAACAUGAGUCAAAACGUUAUAAUGAACUUAAUGCUCAAUGGGAGAAGAUGUCCGAAGAAACAAUACUGAUGAGAGCUCAACUGUCCACCGAAAAGAAUAAUCUUCAAACCGAACUGAACAAUGCUAAACAGAAAAUAAGUGAAUUGGAAACAAUACGGGUCAAUCGUUCUGAAUUGGCUAAAAAGUUAAACGAUGCUCAAAAGAAGAUACAAGAGUUGGAAACAAAAACUCUUAAGAAUGGACAUUCAGAAUAUGAAAAGACAAUGUUGCAAAAUAAACUGGAUGAAAAGAUACAAGAGUAUGAACGUCUUAGAAGGGAAAAUGAAAUGAAUAUCGAUUUGGUGUUCCAACUGAGAAAGGAUAACGAUGAGUUAAACCGAAAAUUAAGUGAUUUCAAUCGUAUUGAACAAGCCCAAUCUUCCAUUAACGGCCAUAGCGCCAGUUUGGAAAACGAAAUAAAAUCAUUAAAAAUAAAAUUGGAAAACGCCGAAAUGCAAUUGAAAUCCGAAGUGGCUUCAACUCGUCUUCGUUAUGAACAGCAAGUGAAAACAUUAAGUGGAGAACUGACCUCAAUGCAUCGCCAAUGUGAACGUUUCAAAAAGGAUCGUGAUGCCUUUAAGCAAAUGUUGGAGUCGGCCCAAAAGAAAAUUGGAGAUCUUAAAGCCAACAAUGCUGGUAGACAAAGUAGAGGUUCAAUGCAUAGCAGUGAUGAAGACGACAAGAGUAAGAUUGCUUAUUUGGAACAACAAAUUGGUUGUUUAGAAGAUCAGCUAGUAGAGGCUCGUUUGGAAGCUAGCAAAGUUAAGACUGAAUUGGUUUCGGAGCGUAGUGCAAAUGAAAUAAAAAUAUCUGAAAUGCAAUCAAAACUUAAUGAAUUUGAAGAGGAGAGAGUAAUUGGCUCAGGUCGCACGAAAAUUCCGGGCAUGAAGACCAAACUUGAGCUAUCCUGGCAAAAGGAACGUGAAGAUCAGCAAAGAUUGUUACAAGAAACAUCAACGUUGGCUAGAGACUUGCGUCAAACUCUAUUUGAAGUGGAGCGUGAACGUGAUAAGGAACGUUUAGAGGCGAAGCGUCGACAAGAUCAAUUAAAACGUACCAAUGAAGAGGAAAUGGAAGAAGGACGCAGAAAAAUUGCCGAAUUGCAGUGUGAUUUAUUAGAGUUACGUGAUGUGCACGCUAAACUGCGAACAUCAAAUGAGAAAUUACGAAGAGAGCGCGAGCGUUAUGAGAAGGAAUUGGUUAAACGACGCAUGGAACAAGAAGGUGGCGAUCGUAAACUUGGUGCUCUAUUGCACACAGUUGAUGAAUUAGUAAAGAUGGCACCAGAUUUAAUGGGUGGAAGGGUACCAGCUACACCUAACGAUUUGAGGCCUGAACCUAUUUCACCAAAAAGAUCUCGUAGUCCUUCUCCCUCUAUGAAUACAUCACAUAUUGGUAGCGUUUUAGCGCGUUUAGCCGAGGCUUCCGAGGAAUUGCGUAAAUUCCAACGUAUUAACGAAGAGGAGCAUGAACGCAAUCGCAUGAGACGUGGUAAUUUGCGUAGAGCUGCAUCUCAAGAAAACGAUCCACAUGGUAGUCGAAGUUCUGUUGCAAGCGCAAGUGGGUCUCAUCGUAAUGGUUCUAAAUUAUCACGAUCCGGUCACAACGGCAGUUUAAUAAGAAAGAGUUUAUCUCUGGAUCACUCUAUACAACAAGAUCAGAAUAUUUGGCGUCAGGAUGAUGGAAGUAUAUCAUCAAUGCAAUCUAUUGAUUCCGAAUUAGGAGGUCUAGUGCGUGAUUCAAGCUAUGAUUCGCGUCUGGACUCACGAUUGUCUGGCGGAUCAACUCAAAGUGAUAUACCACGUGGUCCACGUAAGAAGAAGAAGGGCCUUAUGGGAAAAUUGAGAAGUCUUACCAAGAGUGGACGCAAUUCCGAGAGUGAAAUAUCUAUUCAAGGAUCUGACUCUGAUAUUAGUGUGGCCAGUGAUAUGAGGGCUAGUAAAAAGGAUUUACGUGGCCGUUUAUCGGGUAUGUUCAAACGUUCAGGUUCAACAUCACGCAGUGGCAGUACAGAACGCAUGUCAAGUGAACAAAGACCCGUAGCCGUGGUCGUUGUUGGUGAUGCAGAUGGCCCUCAGCCCAGAGAUCCGCCACCGGCAAAUGCUAUGACACCAAAACCAAUUAGAUCUAUUUCAAAGCCUCCAACACCUACACCCACAACACCAGUGACCAGGAGAAGAGCCGCUAAACAAUAAUGUUUAGUCUGACCAUUACUUUUUACUCAUUUUACUUACCAUAUUUUGUAAUGUAUUGUUAUAAAUUGGAUUACAAUUUAUUUUCACAUACCAUAAUUAAUUAGAAUCUUUUUAUGAUUUAAAUUAUACACAAAUAAAUAUUGUUACACCAGU